AACACGGUUAUAUGGUUCAACUGCAAUGACGCUAACCUUUCCAAUAAUCAACCAUGACGAGAUACAGUUCCCCGUUGCAUCAGACCAAUUCCAAGAUAUUCGAUUAUUCAGCAAUAACCGUCAACUUUUAAUAUCAACAAGAAAAGUUGUUGUUUUGAAAGGAUCACUAGUGUCCAAAGUAUUGAAUUACGACGAAGAUAUAGUCACUGCUACAUAUACCCAUUUCCUUAAUGAUACCCCAGAGUCAACUAAAUACCCUGACGAAGUUCUUGCUGUCUGUUUGAAAAGAUCAAUUAAUAUUUACUACCCCGACGGAAGAUCUUACGUUAUUACCUUACCGUUCCUACUUAGUAAGGCGUUGCCGUUUGAAUCGGGGUUAAUUCUACAUCGUGAUCCUAAACUGCCAAUAGCAUCUACUACAGGUACAUUCAACCUAAAUACACCUACUUCUACAUCAAGUCCUAUUCUUACCCUUGUGGAUCCAAUUGAUGAAUUCAGAAUGGUGUCGACUACAUCAACAUCAAUUAUAUCGCCCCAUGAAGAAAUAAUGACAUUUCCCACCAAAUCAGGCCAGAUCCAAAAGUUUUCCCUAUGUGCUACUUUGAAUUCUCAUGAUGGUACCAUUAAUGUCUACCACAUACGUACACCUACAAGAGCAACCUCGAAAUUUGACUCAAACAAUAAACGAUUACACAGUCUGAGAAAUAGAAAAUAUGGCGCGUUGACCACAUCACGCAUCCUAGAGGAGGAAAUACCAGCUUUAGAAUCUUCUCAGAAUGUGGUUGUUUCAGGAAUCAGUAUGGACAAGAAGAGAACAAGUACAUUGCUAUCUGAUGUUUCAUCGAUUGGAAGAAUGGCUAGUGAUAUCCCCCAUGAUUUAGUUAUGUCACAAGAAAGCAAUUUUGCCAAUUAUAAAAAGGAUAUGAUAUUAUCCCGAAUUGAUCUGUUUGGAGGUAGGCUAUCCAAAGAGAAUAUUCGUGUUUUCAAUAUCGUAUUCGAGGAUAAAGAAGGGAUAGUUCUUGUAAAUAAAUCCAGAAAGGAAUGCCGCGUGUUCAUAUAUGAACGAUCAAAUACAAGUAUUCGUCAUCUGUCAUUAUAUAAAAUCUCUUGUCGUGAUUGCAUACCACUUUCAUCACAACAAUUUGAAGGAUUAUUGGUGACAUUGACAACAGAUGGUAAAACUUUGAAUAUCGUUAACCCAUUUCUCGAUACCAUUUCUGCCAAUAAAGAUAAUUUUAAUGGAGCUGUGAUUCAAGAGUUGAUUUCCUCGUGUGAUGAAAAGGUGGUAAUUAGAGCAGAUGAAGGAAAGAUAAUGAAUCUCCAAUUGAUACUUAAACCUUCUUCAGAGUUUGUUGGCAAUUGCUUAGCAUGUUUCCAAUACUUAUCUGGAUCAGAUUUAAAUACUAACAUUUGGAUGCUAUGGAGAUCAGCAUAUGUGUUAAAUAAAAAUGACUGGAAUGCAUUUGUCAUUGCUUUGCUCUCAUUAAUUUACCCCUUUACUGAGAGGCAACAGUCUAGUUAUGUGGAGAAUGAAAUUACUCAACUCCUCCCUCAAGCCAAACACUUGUCUGAAUCUACAAAUUUGAACUACUCAUUAUCAGAUCUUAUUACUAUUAUCGUGGAAUCAUUACAUCUAGUGAGAGAAGAAGUUAGACUAAACACUACGAGAAAGUCGAGCUUGCAUAAAUUUAACAUACUUUUAUGUCAAUUAACCACAUGGAUGGGCUGGCCCGAACCAUGGCCCUCAUAUUAUGGAAUCAAACCCGACACUAUAGAUCCAACUACACGAUUUCUUGUCCGUUGCCGGUUCAGCACCCCUCCUAAUUUAUUGGAAUCCUUGACAAGUUUAUUUAGUAACCAGAUUGUACCAUACCUCACCUUUUCGCAAUUAGUCGAAGAACCCUAUAAAGUGGACGCAAAAAUAACUCCAAGAACACAUUACAUUCUUAAAUUAUUUGAAGUUUUAGUUUCUAAUCAAUAUGGACCUACCGCAAUAGUUGACUUAAUGUGUGAGUUUGGAAUUACUCCAUGCGAUUUAGACACAUUCCCUGUGGCAGUUAGUAUCCCCUUGAAAGAAGCAUUGCUGAUGAGCCAAGAGUAUCCUGCAUUUGAAUGGACAAAUAAUGCCCUUGAAUUGGUUGGGAGAAGAGAUUUGACUACACUCUUGGAAAAUAACGAUGUUUCGUCAUACAGUGGAAGAUCCAAGGAUACUGAAGCUAGAGAUAUCAAUACAUUGCUCUCGGGCGUUUUUGAUACAAGCGAAGGUGUUUCUCCUUGGGAUGGACAGACUGAAGCUGAUAGAAUUGGUAUCACGAAAUUGAUUUUCGAUUCUGACCGAAGAUAUUUUGAAAUUACAACGUUAUUACAUCAGACCAAAACCCAAACAGCUACUUUACAUGAAACGCAAGGGUUUUCGGAGUAUGAUUUAGUGUUGUUACAACGUGAAUUGGCAGUUAUUGUAGCAUUGAGAACAUUGACAAUCCCGCUCGGGAGAGCAGCAUUGUUCUAUGGUGGUCGGCAUCCUUUGAUCACGGAAAAGUUCCCAAUUCCCAAAUUUAACUUGAAUACUUUGAUUACACCAACAAUGACAAAUAUCAUUCAUUCGGAAGAUAAUAUCCCAUCACAAGUUUCCGAAUGGGGUAAUUUCCAUAAUGGUGUAUCUUCAGGUUUGAGUAUAAGCAAAGAUGCGAAAGGUAUUAGUGGCAGUUGGAUAAUCUUUAACAAACCUCCUGAAUUGAAUGCACAACAUGCUGGGUUUUUGCUUGGUCUAGGAUUAAAUGGACAUUUGAAGAAAUUAGAAGAAUGGCAUAUCUAUAAUUACUUGGGUCCAAAGCACCCUUUGACUAGCGUGGGGUUAUUGCUUGGUAUGUCGGCCAGUUUGAAAGGUAGCAUGGAUAAUAAGUUAACUAAGGUACUUUCGGUUCAUGCAGUAGCCUUGCUUCCACAAGGUGCCAACGAUUUAAAUGUUCCUAUUAUGGUACAAACCGCUGGCCUUAUUGGAAUUGGAUUAUUAUAUUUGGAAACCCAGCACAGAAGGAUGAGUGAAAUCUUAUUAUCACAGAUCACAAGUUCAGUAUAUCAAAAUGACGUGGAACAAAUUCAUGAAGGGUAUAGAUUGAGUGCUGGUAUUGCAUUGGGGUUUGUAAAUCUUGGUAAAGGAGGUGACUUAAGAGGAUUGAAUGAUACACAUGUAGUGGACAAGUUGGUGAGUUUGGCUGUUUCAAUGAAGGACUAUCAACCUGUUGAAGAGUUGAAUAAAUCAUGCUGUGGUGCUAUUCUUGCCCUUGGUUUCAUUUACAUCAAGACUGAAAAUCGUGAAAUUGCUAAUAAAUUACAUGUUCCCCAAACAGAACAAUUGCUAGAUUACAUCCGUUCCGAUAUGUUACUUUUGCGUUGUGUUGCAAAAAAUAUCAUCAUGUGGAGAGAAAUUGAAAACACCAUCAACUGGGUUGAAUCGGAAAUUCCCAAGGUUGUCGCCGAGAAAUAUGCUACAUUUACAGAAUUAGAUUCUGACAUGCUAACCUAUUUCAACAUCCUUGCUGGAACAUGCAUGUCUAUUGCUAUCAAGUAUGCAUCUAGCCAUGAUAUUACUGCUCGUGACACCAUUCUUCAUUACUUGGAUAAGAUGAUGGAAUUGGAAUUAACAUCUACACAACAUAGUACUAAUAACAAUUAUGAUCAAAAAAUUGCAUACAAUAGUGCCAUCAAUAUUCAAAACUUACUAGCAAUGUGUGUUGCUGUAGUAAUGGCAGGAAGUGGAGAUUUGGAAGUAUUUAGAAGAUUAAGAGUAUUGCAUAAUGAUACCAAUAAGCAUAUGGGAUAUGGAGGCUAUAUGGCUAUAAAUUGUGGCUUAGGGUUAUUAUUCUUGGGCGGAGGACAAUAUGCAUUUGAUACACAUAGUAAUUUUGCCAUUGCUUGUUUGAUCACGUCAAUGUAUCCAAUCUUCCCAUCGGAAAAUAACGAGUAUGAAGUCCAUUUACAAGCAUUGAGACAUUUCUGGGCAUUGGCAAUUUCACCAAGGUGCUUUAUUGUUCGAGAUGUUAAGACGAGGAAACCAUGCAAGAUUCCAAUUGUGAUUACCAGAAAGGAUUACCGAGUCGAAGAACGCAUUUCCCCUUGUUUAUUACCUAAUAUAGAAGAGAUUCUGACCAUUGAAACCAAAUCAGACAGCCAUUUUUCCGUCAAAGUUGAUUUUGAAUUGAAAUCAAAGUACUUGGAAAUUUUUAAGAAAUCGUUUACUUUGUACGUGUACAAGAGAAGUAACUAUCAAUUGUUAAAUCCUACUAUUAAGUCUUUACUACAAAAUGAGGAUAGGGAGUUAUAUACUGAAGAGGCUAAAGUUGUUGCAAACAAAGAUGUUGUAAAAUUACUAGAUUGCCAAUUUGUCAAGGAAAAUAUUCAUCUGUAUGAACGAAAAGUAUGGUUCAAUGAAAGUAGUUGCAAUGAAGACGACGAAUCUAGUGGUAUUGACUCUACAGGUUUAAGCAUUUUCAAUAUAAUUGAUAACAAAUUAGAACUCAUGAGAAUGACUGGUUCCCCAGAGUCCAUUGAAGACUUGUGGAAUUUGAGAUUAUUAUUUGCAUAUGGUGAUCGAAUGCUCCAGGAUGAAUUACAUUAUAUACCCGUUGAAUUCAUCGAGAAACUAAAACAGAGAUUGUGGAAAUAGAGAAAAUGGGCGAUGCUGUCACACUACCUAUAAUCUGUUUUAGGAAAACUAUAUGCAUGAAAUGACAGGGAUUUGAAAUGUUGGGGAUGGAGAAUUUUUGUGGGGGUGCAAAUUCGGCAAAUUGCCCAGAAAGGAGAAAUGGACAAGAAAAUAUCAAACAUGAAAAUCACUCAGCCAACGAAAACAAACAUUGGCAUAACAAUUAUAUUAUCAGACGAUUCCUAUCGUGUAUGAUAUUUUGAUUGGUUGUUUAUCUUCCUGCAUGCAGAAGACGCGACUACAAAUAUGGAAAUGUUUUUUUUUAACUAAUUUAGGGAAUUGACAUGAUGAAUUAGGUAAAACAUAGCGUAUGUAGUUUGCUUGUUGGAUGUGGUGUAUAUAUAAUAGAGUCAAGCGUAUAGAAUUUAGAAUAUAGUGUGUACUAGGUCAAUCCUUCCAGUGUUAGAUAAAUAUUAUCAC